AUGAGUCUGCUGCUUCCGGAGACCGAGAGCAACUCACCAACAGAAGGAGCACGAGUGCCCGAGGUGUAUCAAUCUCUUCACUUCCGCAGUCUACAGGAGCCAUACAACCAUUCAAGUCAUGACACGCUAGUGAGUCGAUACAGCACUCUGGAUGCCAACAAUCUGGAAGUCAUGCUGGUUGGAGGCCUCGAGCGCUUCUACAAGAAGUACAACCACUUGUCCCGCAAGAUUAACCUGCAAUUACCGACCCCCGAAGUACGGUUCCAAGAUCUGUCCUUUGCAGUGAAAGUGCCGGCUAAAGCAGGUAGCCACAGCACGGUGGGCUCGAACCUGGCCAAGAUCUUCACGCCUUGGAAGCGGUCACCGAUGGAGACGAAGCACGCGUUGCAUCCGAUGACUGGAAUCAUUAAACCGGGUUCCAUGACGCUGAUUCUGGCUAACCCGGGUGCCGGUAAAUCGACGUUUCUCAAGGCACUUGCCGGUAAGCUCCCUAACAGCUCCAAGAAUGAUAUUGGUGGCGAGAUCUUGUAUUCGGGCUUGAAAGGAGAGGAGAUUGAGCUCACCAAGCUCGUGGGUCUCGUGGACCAGACGGACAACCACAUCCCGACGCUUACGGUGCGCGAGACGUUCAAAUUCGCUGAUCUGUGCGUUAACGGACGUCCAGCGGACCAGCACGACGAUAUGCGGGACAUCGCAGCACUGCGAACCGAGCUGUUCCUGCAGAUUCUAGGUCUCGAAAGCUGCGCCGAUACCGUCGUGGGGAACGCGUUACUGCGUGGUGUUAGCGGUGGUGAACGUAAGCGUGUGACGGUUGGUGAAGUGCUGGUCGGUGGUCAGAGUCUGUUCCUGUGUGACGAGAUUUCCACGGGCCUGGAUAGUGCCGCUACGUAUGAUAUCAUGAAGGCUCUACGCACGUGGUGCAACACGCUGGGAGGAACGGUGGUAGUAGCGUUGCUACAGCCUACACCCGAAGUGGUAGAACAGUUCGACGACAUUUUAAUGAUCCACGAAGGACACAUGGUGUAUCACGGACCUCGAGUCGACAUCUUGGACUACUUUAAGGAACGUGGCUUCACGUGCCCCCCACGCGUAGACCCUGCUGACUUCCUGAUCGAGGUGACCUCAGGUCGCGGUCAACGCUAUGCAAACGGGAGCGUCGACGUUAAGGAACUUCCCGUUUCGGCAGAAGAGUUCAACACCCUCUUCUGCCAAUCCAGUAUCUUCAAAAAUACAUUAGACUCCAUCAGCAAGGGCUUCAACGAGCACCAAUUCGAUAGUGCAGAGGACUUUAAGAAGGCGCAAAGUGUCGCGAACUUGGCGCGCUCCAAGGACAAAUCCGAGUUCGGACUGGCGUUCAUCCCCAGCACUAUGCUGCUACUGAGCCGGCAGAAGCUCAUCUGGCUGCGUGACCCUCCUCUACUGUGGGGUAAGCUGCUUGAAGCGCUUAUUAUCGGUCUGGUUAUGGGCAUGAUCUACUAUAAUGUGGCCUCGGCGUACUACCUGCGUAUGAUCUUCUUCAGUAUCGCGUUGUUCCAGCGUCAAGCGUGGCAGCAGAUCACCAUCUCGUUCCAGCUUCGUAAGGUUUUCUACAAGCAACGGCCUCGCAACUUCUUCCGCACGUCGUCGUACGCGAUAGCCGAGAGCGUCGUGCAGAUCCCAGUGAACGUGGCGGUGUCGUUCGUGCUGGGCACGCUCUUCUACUUUAUGAGUGGACUGACAAGGACGUUCGAGAAGUACAUUGUGUUCUACCUGGUGCUGCUGUGUUUCCAGCAUGCGAUUAGUGCGUACAUGACGAUGCUGAGUGCGCUGUCUCCUAGCAUCACGGUAGGGCAGGCGUUGGCUUCGAUCUCUGUGAGCUUCUUCCUGUUGUUCUCGGGCAACAUUAUCCUGGCCGACCUGAUCCCGGACUACUGGAUCUGGAUGUACUGGUUCUCUCCGAUCUCCUGGGCGCUACGUAGUAACAUGUUAUCAGAGUUUUCGAGUCACCGCUACACGCACGAAGAGAGUAAGAAGAAGCUCGACAGCUUCUCGAUCUCACAGGGCACCGAGUACAUCUGGUUUGGAGUGGGUAUUCUUCUAGCCUACUACUUCCUCUUCACGACCCUCAACGCACUGGCGCUGCACUACAUCAGAUAUGAAAAGUACUCGGGUGUCAGUGCAAAGACUUUAGGGGAUAACAGGUCAAAGGAAGGCGACGUGUACGUUGAAGUGAACACGCCAGGUGCUUCCGAAGCCAUCAAGUUUGGCAAAGGCAGCGGGUUACCGUUUACGCCGUCCUAUUUGUGUAUCAAAGACCUUGAGUACUAUGUGACUCUACCGUCUGGUGAAGAGAAGCAGCUUCUACGCGGUAUCACGGCGCACUUCGAGCCUGGUCGCAUGGUGGCGCUUAUGGGGUCGUCAGGAGCCGGCAAGACGACGCUGAUGGACGUGAUCGCCGGACGCAAGACGGGUGGACGCAUUGUUGGUGACAUCAUCGUGAACGGUGAGCCGAAGAACCCGGCCAACUUCAGUCGCAUCACGGCGUACUGCGAGCAGAUGGACAUUCACUCGGAGGCCGCGACGAUCUACGAGGCGCUGGUGUUCUCAGCCAACCUGCGCUUACCGCCAAAUUUCACCAAAGUGGAGCGCUUGAAUCUUGUUUCCGAGACACUCGAGUUGCUAGAGCUCACUCCCAUUGCUGGCGAGAUGGUCGGUCAUCUCUCUGUGGAGCAGAAGAAGCGCGUGACGAUCGGCGUGGAGGUGGUGUCUAACCCCAGUAUUCUCUUCCUGGACGAGCCGACGAGUGGCUUGGACGCACGUUCGGCCCUGAUUGUGAUGCGCGGCGUACAGUCGAUCGCGCGAACGGGCCGCACGGUGCUGUGCACGAUCCACCAGCCCAGUAUCUCAAUCUUCGAGCUGUUCGAUGGACUGCUGCUACUUCAGAAGGGAGGCUUCACAGCGUACUUCGGCGACCUUGGCGUGGACUCGGUGAAGAUGCUCGAGUACUUUAUUUCAAUCCCUGGGACGAUGGAAAUCAACCCGCAGUACAACCCGGCGACGUAUAUGAUGGAAGUCAUCGGCGCUGGCAUUGGGCGAGACGUAAAGGAUUACUCGGUAGAGUACACGAACAGUGAACUCGGUAAGAAGAACCGAGAACGAACUCUGCAGCUGUGCGAAGUGUCAGAUAGUUUUGUUCGACACUCCACACUUAACUACAAACCCAUCGCGACGGGUUUCUGGAACCAGCUGAAGGAGCUGACGAAGAAGCAGCAGCUCACGUACUGGCGCAACCCGCAGUACAACUUUAUGCGCAUGUUCCUGUUCCCGAUCUUUGCUGUCAUUUUCGGCACCACGUUCUACCAACUAUCUGCCGCUAGUGUCAAGAAGAUCAACUCGCACAUCGGUCUCAUCUACAACAGUAUGGACUUCAUCGGAGUCAUCAACCUCAUGACGGUGCUGGAGGUUACGUGCGCCGAACGCGCCGUGUUCUACCGCGAACGGAUGUCGAGUUACUACGGUCCGCUACCGUACAGUCUGUCGCUCUGGUUCGCCGAGGUGCCGUAUCUGAUCGUGGUAAUUAUCCUGUUCGUGGCCAUCGAGUACUGGCUGGUCGGCUGGAGUGAUAAUCUGGAAGAUUUCUUCUUCUUCAUGUUCAUCUUCUAUCUCUACACGUCAGCAUGUACAUACGUGGGCCAGUGGAUGUCUGCUUUGAUGCCGAACGAGAAGGUCGCGAACGUGGCUGUCGGCGCGCUGUCGUGCCUGUUCAACCUGUUCUCGGGCUUCUUGCUGCCUCGAACAGCGAUGAAGCCAGGCUACAAGUGGUUCCAGUACUUAAUGCCUUCGUACUACUCGCUCUCUGCAUUGGCCGGCAUUCAGUUCGGCGACAACCAGGACAUCAUCACGGUGACAACGAAGGCAGGUGUUGCAUCGAAUAUGACAGUGGCAGCCUUCGUGAACAAGACGUACGACUUCCACCCUGAGCGCAAGUACGACUUCAUGGCGGGGCUACUCGUGAUCUGGGCCGUGCUUCAGCUCGCUAUUUACCUCACGUUCAAAGAAGACACAAUGAUCACGUACCUGAUCCACCGAUCGUAA